AUGUCUCAGUCCAAUGCCGAGAAGAUCGCCAACGCUCAGUCCAACCUGCCCCUUCCCGAGGAGCCCCCGGUCAAGUCGGACUGGAAGUUGGCCGACCCCAGCACUGUCAACGUUGGCUCCGGCGGCGUCUCGUCUGACGUCUCGACCGGCGCCGGCUCGAGCUCUGGCCUCCGCGAGCCCGCCAGCAAGGGCGACGUCGACCUGAGCAAGGUCGGCCGCCAGGGCCACGACAACCUGGACGGUCCCCCCAAGGACGCCGCCAAAUAA